AUGCUGAAGUCAGUGCAAGACAGAAGACAUUCAGUGAGGUCCAAGCAGAACGACUGGAUCAAGCUGAACGGACUGUUUUAAUUAAGUGCCCACCAAAACUUAAUGAAAAGAAAUUAUUGCAGUAUUUAUCUACUCAUGGAAAUGUUAGGAGUCAUUUCUUUUUUGAAAAUCGUGGCAUCAGUGCUUUGGUAGAGUUUUCUGAAAAGAGCAGUGUAGCCUCAUUGCAGGAUGCUGUUGGAGUGCCAAGUGCUGCAGAGCAUCAUGUUGUCCCAUUUAAAUCUAGACUUUUUACUUUCACGCUGAAAAACCCAGUGAGUCAACUUGCUGAAGCAACACCACUUCAUCUUGCUCCUCAGAGUCACAUUCCAGUGAAGGACCUUAUUCAAAAGCUCUGUCUUGCAGACAGUAUAAGCAGUCAGAUGUACACUCUACUGAAUGAAUAUCAGCUGACAGAAGAAAACAUCAAGCUUCGAUUUCUGGCCUGUUCUCUGGUUCGGGAUUUCACACGUGCAUAUUUUCCAGACAGCACUGUAAAGCCAUUUGGCUCUUCAGUCAACACCUUUGGCAAAUUGGGAUGUGAUGUGGACAU